UUGUGCUACACCAAGCAGCGGCGCAACGACAAAUAAACAUAUUAACGAAAACAGCUACAAAUGACUACAUCGUCCGUAUCAAAGGGUUGCUUUGUUUUCAAGCCAAGCUCAAAGCGAAAGAAGAGGGCUUUAGAUGCAGAGGACUAUUUUAGCGAUGGCAGUGAGGACUGUGAGACCAGUAAAGAGCGUUUUCAGCUUUGCCAGGCCCUGUGGGAGAAUAUGAGGGCAGAAACCGAGAAGGUGCAGGACGAGCUGAAUAAGAAGAUGCUGGACAGUGUGCUGGAGUUUGUCAGGAAGUCUUCCACCAGCUUCCUGUCCAAAGAGGAGGACUGGGCGUCUCGCAUGAGGGCCAGCGAGAUCCCCACAGCUGCACUGGUUUUGGGGGUGAAUGUGCCGGACCAUGACAUGACGUUCCAGAGUCUGUCUGACAGGCUGCAGCAGACUGUCACUCCGUUCGUGGUCUCUGUGCAAGCCAAGGAGUGCGCAGCCCUGAAGCACCUGCUGCAGAAGUUCCUGCAAAGGCUGAUGGGAAUGAGCGUGUCGGUGGAUGAGGAGGACGAGGAGGCCGGCGCUGAGCUCCCACAGAAGCGGUCGCACUGCUCCCUCGGCGCCCUCUGCGACUGGUACAAGACUGUCAGUGAGAAGCCCUCUGGAACUUCCCCAGGGAAAAAGCGCAGCUCCUCAGCGAUGGAGUUCCCUCCUCGUCCGCCCGUCAUUUUGAUCUUCAAAGACCUGGAGGCCUUCAGCUCCCACGUGCUGCAAGACUUUAUCCUCAUCUGCAGUCAGUACACCCAGCAGCUCCCCCUGCUGUUCAUCUUCGGCAUCGCCACAUCCCCCUGCACCAUCCAGCGCAUGCUGCCCCACUCUGUGACGUCCCUGCUGUGCAUCGAGCUCUUCCAGUCCCUGCCCUGCACCCAGCACCUGGCCACCGUCAUCGACAAGCUGGUUUUGACACCACAGCAGCCCUUCAAGCCGAGUGGCAAAGUGCUCCAGGUGCUGGUGGGGCUCUUCCUGUACCACGACUUCUCUGUGCGCAACUUCAUCAAAGGCCUGCAGCUGUCCCUGCUGGAACACUUCCACAGCCAGCCCCUCAGUGUUCUGUGCCGGAAGAAGGAGGAGGCUGUCGAGCGGGCCCAGAAACUCAGCCACCAGGAGGUGGAGAGGAUCGGCCAGCUGCCCUCCUUCAUGAGGUUUGUGGAGAAGCAGGAGCCUGAGGAACAAGUCCAGCUGCUGACCAGUGAUGAGCAUGUGAAGGAGGUGUGUCAGAAACUUCUGGAAGACCUUCGUCGAUACCACAAGAACUUCUACCCGUUUCUCAGGUGUCUGCAUGUCCUAACAUCCUCACUGCCCAAGUACCCUCUGGGAAAACAGAUAAGAGAGCUUCACGUGUCCUGUCUGGAAAGGAAUGUGUGGGAGACGGAGGAGUACGAGUCGGCCCUGCAGCUGCUCAGGAUGUUGGCAAAGGAUGAGCUUGUUGCAGCUUUACAAAAGUGUGUGGAGAUCUUGAAACCUGGCAAGACCAAAAAUAUGAGGGAUGCACUUCAACAGCUGGAGAGUCUCACUGGCAGAUUUCAACAGCUGGACAGCAGUGCAGACCCUCCAGUAGCAGAGGGCUCUACCGAGGGCAAGGAGGAUGACUCCUCACCUGGGCAGGACUUACAGAAGAAGACGGACCUGUUCCACCUUCAGAAGACUCUACUGGAGAUGAAGGAGUCUCGUAGGAGCAAGAAGAAAAGCCCGUUUGAGCUGCUCCGCAACCAAGCUGUCGAAUACAUCGACAGUCUCGUCAAGAUGCACUUGGCCCUGCCCGAAUCUCAGCCCCUGUACGAGGUGUACUACUACACCUCCUCCGGCACCCUGCGCCGCCACCUCAACGCCACGCCUCGAACCUCCAUCCAGACCGCCCUCAGCCACCCUUACUGCUACCUGCAGAAUGAAGCCCUGAAGAACGAGGCAGGAGCUAUCUCCAGCGCCGCCCCGGACCUCUGCGUUGUGUACAAGCUGCACCUGGAAUGCGGGCGGCUCAUCAACCUGUACGACUGGCUGGAGGCCUACUCCACUGUGGUCACGGCUGCUGAGGGAGAGGACGCUGACUCCAGUGAAAAGGGGAAAAUCAGCGAAAUGAGACACGCUCGUUUCAUCCGGGCCGUGUCUGAGCUGGAGUUCCUGGGAUUUGUGAAAUCCACAAAGCAAAAGACGGACCAUGUAGCUCGGCUAACGUGGGGGGGCUGUUGACACCCCCCACAUGCCGGCUUGACACGUU